ACCAGUGCCCAGAGAGGGGUACAAAGUGAGGAGCUGCCCAUCACAUCGCUCACACUCAGAGAGUACCUGACCUGAAGCCUGUGUCCUCAUGGCAAGUGACAGGGGUCCCCAAAUGCUGAGCAGGCCCAGCUAUGGCUCCAUCUCCAGUCCACCCAGCCCAGGACCACAGCAAGUACCUCCCAGAGAGACCUACCUGAGUGAGAAGAUCCGCAUCCCGGACACAAAAUCGGGCACAUUCAGUCUGCGGAAGCUGUGGGCCUUCACAGGGCCUGGCUUCCUCAUGAGCAUCGCUUUCCUGGACCCAGGAAACAUCGAGUCAGAUCUCCAGGCUGGCGCCGUGGCUGAAUUCAAACUGCUCUGGGUGCUGCUCUGGGCCACGGUGUUGGGCUUGCUCUGCCAGCGACUGGCUGCUCGGCUAGGCGUGGUGACAGGCAAAGAUUUGAGCGAGGUCUGCCAUCUCUACUACCCUAAGGUGCCCCGCACCCUCCUCUGGCUAACCAUGGAGCUGGCCAUUGUGGGCUCAGACAUGCAGGAGGUCAUCGGUACAGCUAUCGCCUUCAACCUGCUCUCUGCUGGACGAAUCCCACUCUGGGGAGGCGUCCUGAUCACCAUAGUGGAUACCUUUUUCUUCCUCUUCCUUGAUAACUACGGGUUGCGGAAGCUUGAAGCCUUUUUUGGAUUCCUUAUUACCAUUAUGGCCUUGACCUUUGGCUAUGAGUAUGUGGUGGCACAACCCUCCCAGGGAGCACUUCUUCGAGGCCUGUUCCUGCCCUCAUGCUCUGGCUGUGGUCAUCCUGAGCUGCUGCAGGCCGUGGGCAUUGUGGGUGCCAUCAUCAUGCCCCACAACAUCUACCUGCAUUCGGCCCUGGUCAAGUCUCGAGAGAUAGACCGGACCCGCCGAAUAGACAUCCAAGAAGCCAACAUGUACUUCCUGAUUGAAGCCACCAUCGCCCUAUCUGUCUCCUUCAUCAUCAACCUCUUUGUCAUGGCUGUCUUUGGACAGGCGUUCUACCAGCAAACUAAUCAGGCUGCGUUCAACAUCUGUGCCAACAGCAGCCUCCACGACUACGCCAACAUCUUCCCCAUGAACAACGAGACUGUAGCCGUGGACAUUUACCAAGGAGGCGUGAUCCUAGGUUGCCUCUUCGGCCCCGCCGCCCUCUACAUCUGGGCCAUAGGUCUCCUGGCAGCCGGGCAGAGCUCCACUAUGACAGGCACCUACGCUGGACAGUUCGUGAUGGAGGGCUUCCUGAGGCUGCGGUGGUCACGCUUUGGUAGAGUCCUUCUCACCCGCUCCUGUGCCAUUCUGCCCACGGUGUUGGUGGCUGUCUUCCGGGACCUAAAGGACCUGUCAGGUCUCAACGACCUGCUCAACGUGCUACAGAGUCUUCUGCUUCCAUUUGCUGUGCUGCCCAUCCUUACGUUCACCAGCUUGCCCGGCCUCAUGAAGGAGUUUGCCAAUGGUCUGCUGAGCAAGGUCAUCACUUCCUCCAUCAUGGUUCUGGUCUGUGCCAUAAACCUCUACUUCGUCGUCAGCUACCUGCCCAGCCUCCCACACCCUGCCUACUUCGGCCUUGUAGCCCUCCUGGCUGCAGGUUACCUGGGCCUCACUACCUACCUGGUCUGGACCUGUUGCAUUGUCCAUGGAGCCACCUUUUUGGCCCACAGCUCCCACCAACACUUCCUGUAUGGACUCCCAGAAGGGAAGGAAGGAGAGACCUCUGGAUGAGCCCCCAAGCAAAGCCUGGAUGGAAGGUGAUGCGUGAGGCAGACUGGCCUGCUGAACAUGGAGAGGCAACUGAAGGCAGCAACACACAGUAGGAGAGUUCUAGAGGCAGGCCCAUAGGAGUCCCUUAGACACUGUUUCCUACCUUAGAAAAGAGAUUAGCUUAUGGGACUCAGUGUUCUCAUCUGUAAAAUGGGAACAACACCAACCUUGCAAUGGAUGUUAAGCAGUUUAACACAAUGUCUGGCACUUGGAACUAAAAAAAAAAAAAAAUUGAAAAAAUAUGUAUUGAGUACCUCUAAGAGUAGCCUGUCAGACCCACUUACUGUGGGAAUGGAAAAAGGUAGGACACAGCUCCAAACUGGUACUUGAAAUAGAAUCUGAUGAAUGCUAAAUAAAUACUAGUUCACUUCUCAUCCCAAA